AUGGGCCAUGCAAAUGUCAUUAUUGGACUCUUGCAUAGCGCGUUCUCUGUUGGUUGUAUUGCUGGGCCAUUUCUUGCUGGUAGCUUGACAAACAUCGGGUCGAGACCAUGGUAUCAUUGGUAUAUCGUGAUGUGCGCUUUCUCUUUUGUUGGAUUAGUAUUGCUGUCCUUUGCAUUCUGGCCGCAGGAUAGCGACGAGUACAGAACCGAGAUCGCACAGGAUAACGAAGACAACUCAGCUCAAAAUCACCAGUGGUUUCCAGCAACCCUCUUUAAGGCCGAGACCCUUGUUGGCAUUGGCUUUGUGUUUAUAUGCUUAGGUGUUGAAGCAUCUAUUACGUCGUGGAUCCCCACGUAUAUAAAACGAUCCAGAAACGGUGGGGAUUUGUCGAGCAGUCUUUGCGUGUCAUUCUUCCAUAUCGGAAUGGCAACAGGAAGAUUAACGAUGGGCUAUAUGACAGACAUAUUUGGUUUAUACCGGCCUAUGACCAUUGCUAUAUGCGCAGCUCUCGCCUGUCAAGUCUUGUUCUUUCUUGUCGUCACUUCUUCCUCAUCGACAGCCAUCGUCGGUAUCCUAGGAUUCUUUAUUGGCCCCGGUUAUCCAUCAGCGAUGAUUGCUUUGACCAAUCUUCUCCCUGCUAACGAGCGAGUUGGUACCACGUCCAUUGUCAACUCAGCUGGUCAGGUUGGUGCCGCUAUUCUUCCAUUUGCGUUAGGAACUUUAUCUGGGCGCUUUGGCAUCGAGGUGUUCAAUUACAUAGUUUCAGGGGAGAUUCUUGCGCUACUAGUCCUUUGGCGUUGGCUUGUAAAGACUUCGUCAAAGGAAAGAUGA